AUGUGUGAAUCCAGAGCAAAAAGAACCCCGCAAGAUGGGACAUGUGUCGUACAUGAUCCUGCCCUAGCCAAAGGCCCAGCCUGGAUGUCGUUCUUUGGCAACUUCGCCCAGAUCUUUGCCAGCCUGUCUCCGCGCCGCCGAGCCGACGAUCAUCAACGGCCGGCCCAGUACCGCCGCAAUUCGCGCUCGCAGCAGCGCGCUCAUAACGCCCGCUCCACUCGCUGUCCCUCGCCCUCUCCCACCUUGAAGGUGGCCCCCAGGUCUUCUAUAAAGAAGCGCCAGAACGAGUUCUCCCUUGGUUCCGAAUCCGACCUCGAUCAACCGUCUGAUUCCAACUUCCUCUCGGCUGGCGAUCCCAAGACUUCACAGACUACCAAAGCAGGUGUUCUUACUCGACGAACCCAACCACAGUUAGAUGAUGCGCCCGUAUUUGAUGAAUCCGGGCGGCCGAACAAACGACGGCGCCAAGAAGGUCGCAACGCGGUUGAUCUAACUGAGGAUAGCCUGGCUGGUCCAGCAAUCUGGAAUGCAGAGAUCUCACCGCCUGCAAAUCAUGUCUCGCGUGCCUCACCUGGGUCGAGUCAAUAUUCCGGCAAAGCGAGGUCCAGCGGGCGCCAUCCUCGUUGGCUCGAUGAGUACCGCAAUGUAGACGAUUUGGUCAAAAUAUAUCGGAGCCCCCAUCUAUCCCAGAGGGGUCGUUUACCCUCAAUCAAUUCCCAAGACGAGCAAUUCACAGUACAGGCUGCCGCUCAAAGGCGUUCUCUAAGUCACAACGAGGACAGACAUCCACCACAGACAAACUCCAGCAGCCCUAAUCAGCCAAGGUGCAAUCUACUCGAGAGUAUCGAGUUACACCACGGAAAAGAAACAUCUAAAAAUCUCCAACCUCAGCCUGAGGCCUUAUCCCAAUCUCCAAUGUUAUUGAAUGGGUCUGGGAAUGCGAGUGGGUCCAGAGAAAGCUCAGAUGAAAUCCAAGGAGAGGCUACUACUCAACCAAUACCCAGGAACCUUGAUGACAGGCCUAUUCAAGGUCACCGUAAUGUGGCCAGAGAACAGCCCCUGUCUCCGGCUCGCAAACGUUCACCGACUGACAUUCGACCUACCGAUUUCGUUAGAUCCCCUCGUCGGAGGUCUAAGAAAGUCAAACAUCAGCAUGAGAGCUCAGACCUUACUCUACUUUUUAUCUCAUCCAUUAGAUUCGGGAAUAUCAGCAAAAAAGUUGAGAAAGGCGAAGAAGUGGCCAUUGUUCUGGAUGACAAGAAAAUUCAACUUGGGCAAGACAUUACCGGUUCAAGGAAAGUUGAUAUUUUCUUCCGUUAUAUCAGGACAGCUCUGCGAGCAGAAUGUCAUGCGAAUCGCAAGGUCCGCUUGCAGUUGUCACACUAUGAAGACGCACCUGGCAAAAUUGUCGACAUUGAUUUCCUGUGGCAAUCGGACAAGAUUGGUUUCUUGAAGAUGGUGAAAGAAGCUGAAGCUGCAAUCAACCUUCAGUUCAAGGAAGCGUAA